AUGUCAAGCAACAUUUCUGAAUGUCAUCUCUAUGAAGAAAUGGAACCCUUUACCUAUUUUUACUACUUGAUUUUUCUUAUGGGAAUUAUUGGAAGCUGUUUUGCACUGUGGGCAUUCACACAGAAGGAACAGAAACAGAAGUGCAUGAGCAUCUACUUGAUCAACCUCCUCAUCGCAGAUUUCCUGCUGACUUUGACACUGCCAGUGAAGAUUAUUGUUGACCUAGGAAUCGCAUCCUGGAGUCUGAGAAUAUUCCACUGCCAAGUCACGGCCUGCUUCAUCUACCUGAACAUGUAUUUGUCAAUCGUAUUUCUGGGAUUCGUGAGCAUGGAUCGCUGCCUGCAGCUGAUGCACAGCUCCAAGAUGUACCGCGUGCAGGAGCCGGGCUUUGCCAAGACGCUGUGCGCGGUGGUGUGGGCCAUGCUCCUGCUCAUCACCGUGCCCAACAUGGCCAUUCCCAUCCGGCACAUCGAGGAGCGCCCGGGCGUCGGCUGCAUCGACCUCAAAACCCAGUUCGGGAGGGACUGGCACGUGUUCACCAACUUCAUCUGCACAGCCAUCUUCCUGAACUCCUCGGCGGUGGUGCUGGUGUCCAACUGCGUGGCGGUGCGGCAGCUGCGGCGGCACGGGCGGAGCGGGGAGCGCGGAGGGCGCGCACGGCGGGCGCUGGCGCACGUGCUGCUGGUGACCGGGGCCUACCUGCUGUGCUUCGUGCCCUACCACGCCGUGCGCAUCCCCUACACGCUGAGCCAGGCCCGCGCCAGCGCCGCCUGCCCCCUGCGCCGCGCCCUCUUCAAGGCCAAGGAGGCCACGCUGCUCCUCGCCGUCUGCAACCUCUGCCUCGACCCCCUGCUCUACUACCACCUGUCCAAGGCCUUCCGGCUGAAAUUCACCGAGGCCUUCGCGGCCCCCAAGGAGACAAAGGCGCUCACGGCCACAGAGAUGGCACAGCAGAGCCCAGGGCAGCCCUGCAGCCCUGCCUCCUCCAGAGAUGCCCUCACCAACAGCCCAAAGAACAGUGCUGACCCACCAGGCAUCAGCAACGCGUGA